AUGGGUCCACUGCUGUGGAAUUUGAUUUACCAUGGUGUGCUGAGGUUAAAGCUCCCGCCAGGAGUCAAGCUUGUGGGAUUCUGCAGUCUAUUCGAUCCGUCUCGUCAAGAAACGUUGCGCGGCAGGAAACUACAGCUGGCGCAUCAUAAAACGGAGAUGAUAGUUGCCAACAACCGGAGAUCGAUCUUCAAUAAGUUUAGCUUCAAAAGUCAUGUGGACUACGCACGCAAGUGCGUGUCGACGGUGAUAGCGGCACUAUUUAUGAUUAUAGAGGACAUCUCUAGGAUUUGCUCCAGCAAGCGCAGGCUGCUGGCAAGCGUGGCGGUUUUAUUACUGCGGAACAGAAAUCUAAUCUUGGUGUCAGCGUUGAGCGCAAACUGCAACGCCCGAAAGCUGGAGAGUACUCAUAAGUUGAUGAGUCUGAGAGCCAUCAGCGCAUAUCGCACCAUAUCUCGUGAGGUGGCAUUAGUACUCGCAGGCCUGAUGCCCAUCAAACUGGUGGUGAAGGAAGACGGGAAGUGCUACGCCCUUAGGAGCAUGAGUAAUAUCAAGGCAGUAAUGGUAGCUGAAUGA